AUGGACAAGAGUAGUUGGCUCCCGCGGACACGCGCACCGCCUCUUACUAUUGGUACCCAGCGAUCCGCGCACGCUUCGGAUCCUAGACACUCAGAGAGGGUGGGCGGGACCCACUCCGGAGCCCUUGAUGAGAGAGUGACUACCUGCACGCCCUGGGAGCGAGCGAGCGGGCACCACCUCUCCCUCGCCUGCAACACGCCCAGCCCCUCAUCGCACCUACCGCCUGCCUCCGUGGCAGACGAGGUGGAGGAGGAGUCUACGGCGAGCGGCUCGCGACGUAUGCUUGCUCUCCUCCACCCGCUUCUCCUCGCCCAUCUGUUCAGGAGCGCGGUGUAUUUCGGGUGCGAGGGGCGGAAGGGAGGCAGGGAGUUCGCUGCCGGCGAGUGGGAUUGA